ACGUCUUGCUAUCAUGGUAUUUUUUGUUGAACGCAAGAUUGAAAAGUUGAAAAUUGAUCACUUCAGAAGCCAUUCUAUGUCACUUUUGGAAACAUCGUGAGUGCACUGUAGAAAGAAACCUAACAAACUGUGUGCAUGACUUAGUCCUUCGAACUACCGUGAUGACACCCACGAUAGUUGUGAAAUUAAAUUUAGGUGAACCACGAGAGUAAACGAAAAAGAUGCAUCCACUUCUAGACGCUGCUGCAACGCAUGAUGACGAGAGAAAGGAGGUUCUGUUCUGAGACGAGAGUUGUUUGUCUGUGCUGUAAUUGAUAAAGUGUCUGUACGAACGAGAUCUCUUUAUCAAGUCAAAAGUGAUUUCGUUCUGCUCGAGUGAUAGAGAUGUCUUUCGGUCUUGAUGUAGUCGGGGUUGAAAAAAGUUGCAAAAGUGAAGCCAUCAAAAACGACUUCCCCAAGCUGCAAACCAGAGCGCUUUCAAACAAUUUGUGCCUUUUUUGACCCGCAAACCGACUUUCGUAUUUUUGGUGUUGAAUACUUCCUCCUGUGUAAAAAACUCAAAACGAAUACUUAAAAUGUAGAAUAAUAGUCUUUGGGUACUAUACCACUUUAUUUCUCUGAUUUUUCCUUCCUCGAUAAUCAGUGUAUACUAACUUGUAAUCUCUCCCCGCAAAUUGAAUUUCACCAUCCUCAAUCAACAAGCUCUACCUCAGAUUCUUUGAAUGACUCCCUUCUCAACGACCAACGGUUAAACAUUUCCUGAUUCGUUUUAGUUAAGUACACACUUUCACAGUAGACUAAGAGCGAAACGAUAUCAGGAGAAAUUUCAAACACACAAAAUGGUCGAAGGUGGUUAUCUCGUCUAUACAGACGACAGUCAUGGUACCUUGUUCCUCAAAUGGAGCAAGGAGCCGGUGGAGGGUGCUCUAGCCUUUUUCGAAGCUGGGAAACCAAUACCACCAUUCAAAUUCAGCACGAACCAUGGCAAACAACAAUUGAUGAAAGAGUGCCAAAACAAGAACAAAUUCUUCGAAGGAUGGGGAGCGUUUCUGAAAGAGGCGCUUUGCAGGUACCAACUUGUUAUGAAAAGAAUCUUCAAUCGCUCUGGGAGUGGCGGGAUAAUCUGAUAUAGAGCAAGGUUGUUGAAAGAAAUACUAGAAUCUAGUCGAUCUUUGGAGAGGACGUUAUCUUCAUGUCAACAAACACAGAGGACAAAAAUUACAACAUUCGUGUCCGAAAGAGAGCAAAUGGAUGCUUGAAUCUUCACACCCGCUAUGACCAUUCAUCAACAAAGGUUCAACGCCCGAAGCCUUAAGAUUUUCGAUAAGCAGAAUGCCAGGGAAGAAGUACAGAUCGCACUGCUAGAAAGGUCAACAAGUGCUGUGACAAGAAUAGAAUCAGGACAAGAAUGGAGCGGGGAUGUUACGACAGUAUUCGCGUUCGCAGUAGUCCCGAAAGACAAUGAAUCCUUCAAACUGGGAACCCUGGACCAGAACCUAUUCGUGAGCAAAGGUAUUUUUACAUACUAUUGUAUUUGCAUUGCUUGAAUGAUGACUUAAGCUAAUGCUGCUAUUGUUGAUGGUAUUCUAGAUGUUGACGUUGUACGAGGACAAAGAAGAAAUUGUGUGGAGAAGGAAUGUCUUCGAAUUUCUUGCGGAAACUCUCUGCGGAAGCAAGCUGAAAAUUCAUUCCCUCUACAUUGUCUCCAACCUCACAGCGAAAAUAGAGGGUUGCGGGUAUGCAGUGAAUUAGCGCGGCGUCGUCGAGUCAACAUACUUGUUUUGUAUUUUUGCUCAUCCCGACCCCCAUUCCGACCCCUGCUGGGCAUGCUGGCUCAACCCGCUGGCUCUCCAGAACCACGACUACCAGAACAAGACCGAUUCCCUAGUACAACAACUGGAGCGAGGACCUAGUACAACCACGAUGCUACAAAAUGGAAACGAUUCUACCAGUACACCAAAUCCCAAUGACAAUGAACCAGAAUAAAUCCCGCUCUCCAAAUGAUACUCCGUGCUUCAUCCGCCACGACAUCUUCUACUUCUUCCUGAACAGUCAUAGUGCCUUUUUACCGCUUCGGCACAUCACAUCUAAUGCCUACAACUACUACGUCCUCCACUGACUCCUACACUGUAACAUCUAAUGCGUAUAAUCAGCCUUGUAACUUCUAUUACACUCGUCAAUAACAAUAUCGACAUCUUCGCCACUGACUUCUACUGCAAAGACUAUUCUACACCAUUCGCGUGCGUCUCGGCCGGAUCCUCACAUUUUCCUAGUCGCUUUUUACAGUGAGGCGGUCAAAGUCGCGCACGUUUCCUCCGAGCAUAGGUAAGAACCCGUUUGGAAGGCCGAUGAAGAUGAUGGGAACUACUAGGGGGGAACAACAGCAGGAAGAAAGAGAUACAACUUUUCCAACUAGAAAGUGAUCAUGAUGUUUAGAUAGAUGAAUCAAUUACACCCAACAAAAAAAUUCUACUUCACAUCAUCAGGUCAACAAAUUGGUGCUGCGCACACCGUGGAGGUAGCUCCAGACGCCAGAAAAUCAGCACCUGCAACCUUGAUCAUGAACGAUAGCCUGAUCAACAAUCCGGAUACGGGUCAUCAUCGGAAUACGGUUGCCUAGGCUUUUGCCCCUUUAGAGACUCCGACUCGAAUUUACAUUAUUGUUUUAGGGAAGAAAACAAGCUGAAUCUGAAGGUGGGGACUAGUAAAAUGUAACUGUACACCUUGUUUGGAAAGAGACGACGACCGAUUGGAAAU